AUGGUUGGCGCGGUCUUUGGGAUUUUGGCUCGACUUAGCGAGGACCAGGAAGCUGAAGUGACUGAGGGAGAGACGAAUGCCCGCAUUUUGGCUUUGUUUUUCGAGCAAUAUUCCAACUGGUUUGGCGCAUUACUGGAUGAGGGCCUGUCAUCGGAAACUUUCGAGCAAAAGCUGCGAAUUGGCCACAUUCGGGCAUCAAAUUUUCGGGUCGCUGUGGUCAAUGUUCAGCCAGCGAUAAUGCUAUUUGACGAUGGAGGAUAUCACAUCCAGGCAUCUGUUUAUCAUCCUGGCAUACGUUCACCUACUUACCUUUAUUUACGACAGUGGAACAAAAUGCAUUCAACCCAUUCCAGUUCGCUCAAAUUUGAACAUUUUACUCAUUCGGUCACGAAACCAACACUGUUGUUCCGGCCUGUGCAUACAUUUUUGGAUCGUGCUGUGCGCCUGCAAAUGGAGCGUGCAAUCUGUCGUACAGCAGUCAGUGUGCUGGAUUCUUUCUUGAAGAAUGCCAUUGAACGAAUCUCGGUGCGCCAUCUUCUCCGAACAGGCAAAUUCAGUUUGGUAAUGAACAAUGCACUGGUUGGGCAGCCACAGGUAACAGAUGAUGGGGAUUUGAUAACUUAUCAUGCUGGAGUGCUUGAUGGGGAGAGCAGCAGCAGUGAAUUGUCUCACGAUGGUUAUAUGAGACCUGAUGAUGCCUUGCAUAUUCUUCGCUCACUGCCGCAAAGAGAUGUAGCGGGUUUUUCCGAUGAUGCUGGAUGUGUAGUAACAGUGAGUUGUAUUGAAAUGCCUGAAGUUAUUGUCGAAGAAGAUAAAAUUUUCCUGAAAAUGAAGCAGAAUUAUCAAUUUCUCGUCAACGAUUCACUUGUUCUCGAUGAGACAGAAUCAAGAACUCUUCUGUUAAAUGUGCAGUACAGCUACAGCCUGCAAUUAUACUUACGUUUGGCUGAUUCGUUUGCUUGGACUUUUUCGGAUGAUAAACUUAAGGCAUGCUUUGGAUCCAGACUACAUCAUCAUGUUGCAUCACUAAUUACCGAUCAGCUGGUGAUUCCUCUUCCUUCUGUUCGAGACACCGUUGCGCGCAAAGGUUUUAUAAUGCUUAAGAAUGGUUAUGUAAUUUUUUCUGCACUUUUAUUUACCGCGCAUUAA